AUGAGGACUUUCCUCUUUGCUGGUCGCCAGUGUCUUCGCCAGGGCUUCCAAAGGUCUGCGGCACCGUACCUCAAUCGAGCCACCCACCGAUCCUUUACUUCUGCCAACUUCAUCCGCCAACACUUCGCUACUCCACGGUUCGGUGGCAGGACAAUAUUAUGGUCCGGCGCAGCGGGUGGGGCUGUCCUGAGCCCUCUAGCAUUCGUCGGCAUUGCCAAUGAAAAGUCGGGCGAUGGAGAGCAGACCCACGAAGAGGCCAUGCUCGAGGCGUCGAGAAAAGAGCUUGAUGAGCAGGUGCCCAAGUCAAUACAACACUCUGCCAAGUAUCGACGAGGCCUAUAUUUCUUCAUCGAGGACUACAUAAUAGAACCCAUAGCCACGGGCUUGCGAUUCUUGCAUCUGAUCAUCAUCUUCGUGCCGGUGAUAGUGACGAUACCAGCGAUAUGGAUAGGGCAGAGGCAGGCCGACAAGGACAAUGAGAGAAGUGGUACAAUCUGGUGGUACGGCUUCCUGGUAUCAUCUAUGGAGAGGGCUGGUGCAGCCUUCAUCAAACUCGGACAAUGGGCUGCUUCUCGAACAGAUGUCUUCCCGACACAGAUGUGUCUCAUCAUGUCCACUCUCCACUCGAACGCACCCGCACAUUCUCUCAAAGUAUCGAAGCAGACAAUCGAGGCUGCUUUUGGCGGCCGCGCAUUCGAGGACAUAUUCGACGAAUUCGACGAAAAGCCGCUGGGUGUGGGCGCCAUCGCACAAGUAUACAAGGCCAAGCUGAAGCCAGAUCUCGCAACGCUAGAGGACAACGCAAUCGACACAGAAAAGCCAAAUCUUGCACGAAAGAUCAAGAAGGGCGUCGACGUGACUCUGAAGAGUACACCAUCGAGAGUGCCUUCAAGCCAUGUCGCAGUCAAAGUGCUGCACCCAAAGAUUGAGAAAAUCGUGCGCCGAGAUCUUCGCAUCAUGGCCUUCUUCGCUGCUAUCAUCAAUGCCAUACCUACCAUGGAAUGGCUCUCGUUUCCAGACGAGGUAGAACAAUUUGGUGAAAUGAUGAGACUUCAACUUGAUCUGCGCAUCGAAGCGGCGAACCUCACAAUUUUUAGGCAGAACUUCAAGGAAAGGACAACUGCGUGGUUUCCCUACCCAUACACCGAAUACACCACGCGAAAUCUCCUUAUUGAGGAGUUUGCGCAGGGCAUUCCCAUGGAGGACUUUCUACAGAAUGGAGGUGGCGUAUUCCAGAAAGAUAUUGCAGACGAGGGUUUAGAUGCUUUCUUGACAAUGGUACUGAUCGACAAUUUCAUCCACGCUGAUCUACAUCCUGGCAACAUCAUGGUCAGAUUCUAUAAGCCUGAAAAGCUGGACGUAUCCAUGUUCACACGCAAGGAAGAACGUACUACUGGCCCUAAGGAAUCCUUGGAUGUUACUGAAGAAGUAUUGGAGCGAUUACGACCACACAAGAAGGAUCCCGUAAAAUGGAAGUCGACACUCCAAGACAUUGACCACGAGGGAUAUCGGCCACAACUCAUCUUCAUCGACACAGGCUUAGUGACGGAAUUGAACGCGAAAAACCGCGCCAACUUCCUUGAUCUUUUCAAAGCUGUCGCAGAGUUUGACGGCUACAAGGCAGGCCAUCUGAUGGUCGAACGGUGCAGACAGCCCGACGCGGUGUUGGAUGGCGAGGUUUUCGCUCUACGUAUGCAACAUCUGGUCCUUGGAGUAAAGAGCCGUACAUUCGCGCUGGGCAACAUCAAGAUCGGCGAUAUCCUCAACGAAGUACUGUCGAUGGUGCGGACACACCAUGUCCGUCUCGAGGGAGACUUUGUCAAUGUGGUUCUUAGUAUCCUGCUUCUAGAGGGUAUUGGCAGGACACUCGAACCUAACUUAGACCUCUUCGCAGGUGCUCUCCCAAUCCUACGACAACUUAGCGCGCAAAGCGGCUCUUCGAUGAUCCGCGGCGGUGACUUCUCUAUGCUCAAAGUUUGGGUUGGUCUUGAGGCACGUAGCUUUUUGCAAGCUUCCAUCGAAACGCACUUUUACGAUGGUCCAUACAUGACAAGCUUCUAUCAAAGCUCACAUUGA